AUGGGGCCCCUGUGUCCUUGCCCAAACUCAAAAAAGCAUAUGAAAAAGGUACCAGGGGCAUCUCAUGGGGCGGACUGACAACUCAUGGGGCCCCCGGGCAAUAGGGAUCAUGGGGCCCCUGUGUCCUUGCCCAAACUCAAAAAAGACUAUCAAAAAGGUACCAGGGGCAUCUCAUGGGGCCCCCUACUGACCCCGGGCCCUCGGGCAGUGCCUGAGUUUCCAAAUGGUCAGUCCGCCCCUGGGAUCAGCACAGUAUUGUUAUCUUUCAGCACUCCUGGUUGUGACUUAAGGACAGUUAACAUACUGAGA